UUGAGAAACCAUAAUCAGAUUUACAUAACAAUCAGAUUCGUCCUUAUAAAGUAGUACGGAGCUGUUGGCUCUCAGGGAAGAUUGUAUAUCACUCAAAAUCAUGAAUGUUAAAGGUUCCAGUGACAACUUUCCUGAGAAAGAUGAAGAUGCGGACAAUAAAAACGCGUUUACAGAUGUUUUAUGUGAAACGACCGCUGAUGUAUUGCGAAACAGAAUACAGAAAAUAAGAGAGGAUGUUUUGGAAUACGUUAAUAAUCAUAUUAACGAUAUGAUGUCUGAGAUUUUGCGGAAGAUGCAAAUGCCUUUGGCAAAGAAUGGAGAAUUUUUGUAUACCGUAGACAAAUAUCGAGAUAAAAGGAAAUCUAGCAAUAAAGAUGCAUUACCAGAUAAAGUGUUUGUUGAGAGAAAUUCUUUGUUCACUGAUCUCUUAAAGAUUUCGCAUAUUCGUGCGAUUUACAAUUUGUUCUUAAUGACCUUUAUAAUUUUGCUUAUCAACACCGUCGCAUUCGAUAUCAUGGAGACUGGAACGAUUCGCCUUGGUUCCAACACGUUAUGGGUUAGUUUCGCAAAGUUUCCAACAUGCAUUUACAUUUGGUCGUUCAUGCAAGCUUCGACAAUCAGUGUCUACGUGGUUUUUACCCUCUGGGCACAUCAACGACUUCGAUUUUUGCCAAAAUCCUCCAUUCAGAAAUUGUGGGAUUACAGCUGGCUAUCCAUGAUUAUACUAUAUCAAAUUCUCUUCAUUAUUUUUCCUAUUAAGGCGAUGCUUGAGGCGAAUCUUUCUAUAGGUUGCAAUAUGAUUAUUAUUUUUGAACAAAUACGCAUGUUGAUGAAGAGUCACGCUUUUGUCAGAAGCGCAGCACCUAGAUUUUUGUCAUACAAGCCUCACACCGAAACUCCGCGACCGAAUGGCCCCAGAUUCACGCAAUAUCUGUAUUUCUUGUUCGCACCAACUCUUGUAUACCGCGAUGAAUAUCCUAGGACGAAAAGAAUUAGAUGGAAGGUGGUGAUUCAAAAUUUCAUUGAAGUGGGCCUAGCAAUCUUAUAUCUCGUCUUUGUUUUGGAACGCUUUGUAAUACCGGUCUAUCACGUGUUCGGUACACAACAUUUGGAACGGAAAUGGUUUGUCACGAGUGCUAUUGAGUCUAGUAUUCCCGGCUUUCUCUACUUUAUCACUGGACAAUACUUACUGCUGCACUCAUGGUUGAAUGCUUGGGCGGAAAUGUUGCAGUUUGCCGAUCGAUUGUUUUACAAGGACUGGUGGAACAGCACGAACUAUUACACGUUCUAUCGUACGUGGAAUCUGGUGGUGCACGACUGGCUGUACACGUACAUUUAUAAGGACAUGUACGAGAUCUUGGUGCCGAACAAUCGAUUAUUAUCAGCCGCCACUGUGUUCCUCAUUUCCGCCAUCUUCCACGAAUAUAUACUCGCAUUUGGACUCGGCUUCUUCUAUCCGAUGUUGUUCAUCUUUUUCAGUGCCAUAGGUUUCCCUAUGUUCUUCAUCAAGGUCAACAGCGUCGUGAUGUGGUUUAGUUGGAGCAUGGGCAACGGCCUCCUAUUUUAUUUAUACGCGAUGGAGUUCUACGCCCGGCACAACUGUCCGCCUCAUCCUAAUUACUACGUGGACCUAUUCAUAUCGCGAAGCUGGAACUGUCAACAGCAAUUUAACGCUUAG